AUGCAUUGUUGGAUGAUUCUAUUGUUGGCGCCGUUUUGUCGGAGGAGAAAAUAUGGAAUCGUGAAAUGAAGACGAAGAAUGAUCAAGCGAAAGUCGAUCCGCUCGGAGUGACAAAAACGGAUGACGGAGGACUUUCGAAUAUACAAAAGUUAAGGAAAGUUCUUUUGAGUAAUUAUGAUAAAAUGACUCGUCCCGUUCUUCAUCAUACAAACAUCACUCACGUAGAAGUGACUCUCAGACCAUUCUAUAUAAGCGAAUUGUUCACUAAUAACUCUUCCUGUAAUUUCAGUUCUCCAACAAUGGAUGUAGAUCCAUUUGCAAACACAGAUGUUAUAGUAAAUAAUGAUGGAACUGUAAAAUGGUCUCCUCCAGCCACCAUUCGAAAUAUUUGCUUCCUAGAUUAUAGAGAUUAUCCAAGAGACGAACAGACUUGUAGAGUUAUAUUUGGAUCGUGGUCUCAACACGGUUUCGCCAUCAACAUAACUCUCGGAGAAAAAAUUGUAGAUAUGAAAAGUUUCAGAAAUACUAAUCCACAUUGGGAAUUAAUUGAUAUAACGUCGUUUCAACGCACUAAGUAUUACAGCUGUUGUCCGGAACCUUACGUCACUCUCGAAUACACGGUCAAACUUAAACGAAGACCAACCAUUGAACAACAAUUGGAAUGGGUAUUGUCCGUCGCAAUUGUUAUUUUAACUCUCGCAGUAUUUUGGCUUCCUCCCACUUCUGAAACUAAAUUAACUAUCGGCAGCAUCAAUAUUCUUACGAUAACUGGGCUUUUAAUGUACUUGGCUUCUCAAACUAAAUCUGUAUCUUCUCUUCCUUACAUAGCUCGAUUACUUAAUUUCUCUCUAUAUACUGUGACUUCGGCCAUGAUAUUAGAAAUCGUCGUAAUAAACAUGGCAUUAGUGUUUGGUCCUUGUUAUCCACCCGAACAAAUCUACGAUUUUAUAUCAGGAACACUUGGACGUUUCCUUCUAUUAGAAAUAGCUCAGCCACCUUCGGAUGAUGGAAAAACUUCGUGCAGAAAACAAUGGUUAACAGUAGCAACGAUGGUAGAUCGAGUUUUAUUUUUCAUUUAUCUUAUUGUUUUACUGGCUAUACCGAAAACUGGCUAAUUUAUUAUUUGAUGUGGUUAAGAAUAUAACUAAUUUAGAUUACGUUUAAUUAUAUUAUUAUUUUGUUGAAAUGUUUUGUGAGAAAUAAAUUUAGAAAUUAAAUAAUUUGCUGACUCGUAAUUGAAUUUUAUACGGUAUUGUAUAUUAGAUAAAAGUUAUUAGAUAGU